AUGGCAGAAUUCCCACAAUUAGGCCAACAGUGCUCUCAAUGCAAGACAUUAGAAGGCAAACGUGUGUACACCAUGUCUAAAGUGGAUCCCAUAGGAAGUCCUACCUUUUCGGCUCAUCCAGCUCGUUUCUCACCCGAAGACAAGUACUCGAGAGAAAGGAUUACAAUUAAGAGAAGAUUUGGUUUACUUCCGACACAACAGCCCUUGACAUCCACCUAAUGGUCACCGCAUUUGUGUCCAUCAUAUCAUUCAUUUGAAAGACAUUUCUUAUUCAAUAAAACAAUUUAUUUG